AUGGCAGACCAUGUCGGUCAGGGGUUGGGUUCCGCUAAAGGUUACUCUUCACCGCUAAGCUCACCACCUUCGUCUCCAACAUCUACUCCAGAGUCUUUGAAACAAAAUCUCCCAGAGAUUGAGAACAAUGUCACUUCCCCACCAGCCACAAACAAACGCAAGAGAGAGUCCACUAGCCCCAAAGCAACGGCCAAGAAGCCCAAGACGGUGUACUACGGCAACAAGCAAGAGGGCAAGCCCAUGCCUCACGGUCAACCCGUUGUCUGGUCCGACAAGAGACAAGGUCUUUGCGAGGCUCUGCCAUACUAUAGGGCCUAUCAGUCGGGAGCCUACACACAUGGUGGCAAGGUUUUGGGUUUUAUGUGCGACGGAGAAGUUGGUGACCGAGAUGUUUUCGAGGAUCAGAUUAUGAUUGCCCGAGUCGGUGGUGGCAAGACUAUCAACGAGGAGACAGGACAACGGGAACAGACAAAGUCACAGGACGACUGCGCGCUUGCCAUAUCUUUUAUCGAAAGCCAGAAUACACGUCAGCCAAUCGUUGUUAUUGCUGGCCAAGGCAAUACGGGCAGCCCCAGCAAGCUCCCUCACUACUAUAAUGUGCUUGAUCACUUCCACGUCACUGACGUAUGGUGCGAGAAGUACAACAGUGUUGUCCGCUGGAUGGUUCGACUUGAGAAGAUCGACCUUGCCCACAAAUCCUGGUGGUCAGCGGGAACUACUUCACAUUCGCAUCCGAACUUCGUCUCACCAAAGGCUCUGGGCCAGGUCUGUUCUAUUUGCAAGGUCCACAGCAAAAACAUUUACAAGCAAGGGUGGGUGUGCCUAAAUGCGGAUCCUGUGAAGGCAGUCGUUGGAAAGCACGAGAAGACGACUUGCCCGGCUUUCUUCGAUUUUGGUCGAGACGUCGAUGACAAGACCCUCAAGUUCACUGAAGAAUUCCUUCUGGAGCGGACACGAUUUCCAGGCCAUCUCACUGAGCCCUUGGUUCCUCAAAUGCCUAACGCUGCCGAUAAAGAUGUGAUAGGAGCACUCGCUUUCGAGGAAAGUUGUAGGAAGGGAAUCGUCUGCACUCAAUGUGGCUGCUGCAGCCGUCGCAUCCACUGGGAGAAGUGGGUCUGUGAAAACCCCCUUUGCGGCUUCACAAGUGCUCUGACUCCACGAGCUGUACCCGCCUCUCCGGCAAUCUCAGAGGAUGAGGAUCCGAAAGACCAUACAUUUGUGUCCAAGAGCAUCGCUUCCACAACCGUGGACUUAUGCUCGGGAAACUGGGCAGUGACGAAAUAUGACAUCCCUGGAGAAGAAGGCGAAAUCGUUGGCAAUGUUUUCCAUUUCAAAUCCAACACGACUAUUAAUGGUCAGCCAAACGGUCCGGAUGAUCUAUUCGCGGAGCUACAAGUCGCAAAACUUGGAUUGAAGAGAAAUCCCUCUAAGUGCCGAGGCGCGCGAAAUGAGGUCUUGACCGCUCACUGGGCACAUAAUUGGGGUGCUCCAUACAAGUACAGCGUCCGUCAAGAAUCUACUGAAUUUGAGAAGGCUCCAAGAGUCAUCAUCAAGGCUCUGAAGAGACUGACUUGGGCUGGAAAACAAGCUGUCUCAACUGGCUUUGAUAAGGAUGAUAAGGGCAAAGAGUUCCAACCGUUUAAUGAGAUGCUGUCCGUCGGAUACUUUGAGAAGGGUUAUAUGGGUUACCACGAUGAUGGCGAGGCCACGCUCGGCCCGACUGUUGCGUCAAUUUCCCUUGGUUGCAGCUCCACUAUGAAAUGGCGACCAAAGAAGAAGAAUAGCAUUGUGAGCGAAAGAGAGCGUAUCAAUCAGAAAGGCAUUAAGAAGGAUGUCCUCAGCAUCUUCUUAGAGCAUGGCGAUAUCAUGGUUAUGCAUGGCAGCCGGAUCCAACAAUUAUACGAGCACACGGUUAUUCCUCAUGGCAAGCUUCGGUUUGCGUUGACCUCUCGCUAUAUUAUCCCAGCUACGAUUUCGGAUCCAAUUGGACGACGUAUUGCAGAGACAGCUGCUAAUCUCCCAGAUUUCAGCUCGGAGUAUGAAUAUGAUGGCAGUAUGACUGCAGGCUCCAAGAUACAAGUUCUACCCCGAACAAAGGAGACACAUCAGCACAGCGAUGCAUGGCCAACAACUGGAACCGUUUCAUCAGAGGACCUCCAGGAGACCUAUUUCUCUGUGCUCGCGAGGAUGCAGACUGCCGGUUCUCCCACUCAAGUUGGCACAAUGCAGACUGCCCAGUCUUCCCCGCAAGCUGGCACAAUGCAGACUGCUCAUUCUUUCUCCCAAGUUGGCACAAUGCAGACAGCCAGUUAUUUUUCGCAAGAUGGUACCACGCAACCCGGCUAUGAGCAAUAUCAAUACUCCGGUAACACGCCGAGACUAUGUUAUUUGGCAGAAGCUUCUGCAACACCUCCCCCGGGCUGUGAGCACCACGGAUACCUCAUGAACCUACCCGUCACCUCUUCUUAUGAAUACACGGCCACUACCUACCCACCUCCCAGUAUGUACCCUACAUACAAUGGCCCCUACGCACCCGUGGUGGCUCCACCUGCCGGUCCAUUGCAACCUCAAUUCCAACAACCGCAAUACUACGGCUACAACUAUACACCGAUGAUGAUGGCACCUGCACAGAACUAUGCCUCAAUGUGGGAAGACGGACAGGAUGAGAGACAGGAGACUUUGGCAAGACAAUCUGGUCAAUGA